UCUCUUCAAUACUUGUCUUGAGACGGACAGACACGACGUUAGCCACAGGCUAAGCCGACUCGGGCAAUGUUCGGUUUCUAGGUACUUGUGUCGAGUCUGAUGUUGGCUUUAUAGAUAAAUAUUGAUUGAAUGCGAGCGAUUUGUGAUAGUUUAUGACCUUUUUCCUACGAGAGAAUGUGUAUGAUAACACGACUUGAGAUUUUUGUGUAUAUUUCGUGAUCACCAAGAUUGAUAGCAGAAAAGAGAAUAUACUUAUUAGAUGCCGAUGUUAUAUUGAGAUCUACGUUUUACGUAGGAUUAGUAAGAAGGCCCAUACGAAGGAUCCAAUCAAUUGAUGAAGGAAACUAAACCAAUCAGAUCUUCCAUCAAACAUGGCCAUGAAUAUUUUCAAAACCAACGGACGGGGGAGAUUCUACACAAAGAUUAUCCUCCUGGCCAUGCUGUGGGGAGUGGCAGUUGUCACUGUUAUGGAACUUCGUAAGAUAGACCUCGACGUCCCAGUACCACACCUCAAUAGCAGAUUCCUUCUUCAGAAACACUUAGACCCUUUCACCAGCGCCACCACAGAACGUUACGAUAUCGAUCCUUCCAUUGACAGAAGACCCAGUCCAUCCGAAGACAUGCUGGUCGAAGACAUCCAGAAGAGGAUGCCCAAUCUACCCAUAGUCUAUUGGAAUAAGAACAAGAACAAACCUAUGGGAUUCAACAAAACUUGUGCUAGGUUUCCUAGCAUGUUCGAGUUGGAAUUCAACAACAUCUACUGGCAAACCUUGAGGACCUCAAACGGGACUUUCCAGUUCUUUGGAGCCUAUCUUGACAAUAGGGCCAACAACCGCCUGGGGCCAACAGUGAGAAUUCUAGGAAUGAUCGACAGAAUAGAACCUACUGUGAAGACUUUUUGUCAAUUUUGGUUCGAUGGGAAAAAGGAACCAGUCAUAGUAAAGACUUUUGAAUAUAAGUAUGUUUGGUACAAAAAGUGGGGCAACUACAAGCAGGGUAUCUAUCAACCAUACCUCAUUGCAUGCGUCUUGCCUCAAGGCUAUAAGCAGAAAAUUCCCCAAUCGGUUUCAGUUGUUGAGAAGAACUGCGACAACGCCACCAACAAUUUGAGGGUCAUUUACAACAAACCCGAGGUGAGAAAAGAUUUCGCAGUGUGUGUUAAAGGUCUGGAUUUUCUCCACGAAGAUCUUUCUGUGAGAUUAGUGGAGUGGAUUGAACUUUUGAAUGUUCUUGGUGCUGAUAAGAUUUUCUUCUACGAACUCCAAAUACACCCUAAUAUCACAAAAGUUCUCAAACACUACGAAAAUGAAGGCAAGGUCGUUCUUACUCCCUUAAUUUUAGCAGGGGGUCAGCCGAACGCCCCAAGCUUUCAACACCUGUACUUAACUAAGAAAACUAACCAUAAAAGACAAAAUGAACUAAUACCAUACAACGACUGCUUUUACAAACACAUGUACGAAUACAAAUACAUAGCUCUUUUAGAUAUCGAUGAAGUUAUAAUGCCGAAAGAUGCUUCUAACUGGAAAGAGCUGAUGAACAUCGUGCUCCCCAAAGCCUUAAAGAUCAAUAAGGAGGAAAGAGCAUCUUAUAACGUGAGGAACGUUUAUUUCUUAGACGAUCUCAUCCACAACCAUGGGUGGUUCAAAGAAAUACCUAAAUACAUGCAUAUGCUCCAGCAUGUUUACAGAGCGAAAAAUUUCACUAAACCUGGACAAUAUGUCAAGUGUUUCCACAACACUGAAAAAGUGUUGACCCUGCACAAUCACUUCCCUCUCUCCUGCUUGGGUACUGGAUGCACAUCUUACCCCAUAGAAGUUGAGGAUGCUCAACUGCACCACUACAGAGCAGACUGCGUUAAAACGCUGAAAAAAAGCUGCGAGGAGUUCAGAAAAACCAGUGUUAUGGACACGACCGUCUGGAAGUACAAAGACGUUCUAAUACAAAGAGUCAGUACCACGUUGAGGACUUUGGGUUUCUUCAAUACGGACAAAGAAAGCGGAAAACGAUGAGACAAGCUCAAUUUUCAGUUCCUCCUUCAAACUUAAGUGUUUUGUGAUAUAAAAGUGCUUUUGUACAUUUUCAAUUGGCAACGAAUUUGUGAUGACUUCUAGGAUAGUUAGGAACAUGAAAUGUUUAGAAAAAUAUUGUAUAUAACUUGCUCCGAAGACCGACGAACCUUAAUUCAGAUUUGCGAACGGAAAAUGUGAAUUAUUUAAGUCGUCUAUAGUCCUCAAUCUCGGCACGUUCUUUCAACAAACGUCGACAUAAUAUGAAUUAUAUUGAUUUAGUCACCUGUUCCUGAAACUAUAAUUGAAAAAUUGGAAUUAUUAAAUUAUAAAAAGUGAUGAAAUAACAAAAUUUCUUUCUAGAGAACUAACUAUUGAAACGAAUUUAGAAAUUCAGAUAGAUUUGUGCCGAGGUAUUCAAAACUGUGAGCAUGAUCGCCAUUAUCAUUUUUAUCUUGAAAUAUUUCGAGUCUUUCAAGUUCGAUAUUUCACCAUUUUUGUCUUGUAUUUUGCUAGGUUCGGUGGAAUAUAUUCCUACAUUGUGGAGAAAAGAUUCAUCGAACUUUUCGAUGAUCAAUUUUCCAUUGGUAUUGGGCGGAAAACUUUUGAUAUUUUCAAAUACCAAAGUCAAUUUUUAUAAGUGAAAACUAACGUCGAUUACUUAAGCGACUUUUGAAACUGUUUUUUUUUCUAUCUGCCUUUUUGUAUAUUUAUAUUAUAUAAAGACUUAUAGAUUAGGAUUUUUUGUAUAAAUUCGUAAUUUUUCGGAAUUUAUUGAUCUAGCGAAGUGCCUUAUAUGAAAUCUAUAUUUAUGAUAGUUUAUAGAUUCGAUUAUUUAUUAUAUUAUGUGAAUGUAUAGAACAAGUAAAAUAUAUGAAAAAUCGAUUUUA